CUCCCCUCCUCUCCCCGCCCGCCCUUGUCUCGGCGCAGACGCCGGGCGAACGACGGCGGGCCCCGUAGGUACCCUUGGGGAAACGGUAACUUCCCGGAGAAAGCGGUGAGGAGAGCUGGUAGGUGCCGCCGACGUGGCGACAGGCUAACCCGCCCGGCGGGCGGUGAGAGGAAAAGGAAGCCUUCCAGAAGUCUGCUGGACUAAUUGAUAACCAUGGUAUCAACAGGAGUACUCAAAGAAAACAAGGCCGUUGCAGAGAAGUUCAUAAACUAUUCGAGCCAGUGUUCACCAGUGGAUGUCCUGGAAAUGGAAGAGAUUUUGAAGAGAGAAUGGAUGAAACCAAUAAAAUGAACCAUAAGAAACCACUAGGACCAAAUGGAAAUUGCUAACAGGUCACCCUGAAGAAGUGAUACUGCAUGAAUGUGCAGGAAUGAACCUGCUCUCAAAGCCUGAAAACACCCUCCUUGCCAACGAACUCUUCAGCAGACGCAUCCCAACCAAGGGAAGAAGACACAUCCGCAUGGCAGUUUGUGUGCAGGCGUGACAGCAGAUAAAACCCAAAAUGUUCUGUGGCCUGCCAAGCGGUAGACAUUUGGCUAGAGGACAGUGUGCCCAGGAAACCACUCCCAACCCUCAGCCUUCAGAAGAGGAGAAAACUGAGCCAGCACCUAGUCAGGAGGUUGCCAGCCCUGAACAGUAUAUUAAGCAUCCACUACAGAACAGAUGGGCACUCUGGUUUUUUAAAAAUGACAAGAGCAAAACUUGGCAAGCAAAUCUUCGUCUUAUCUCAAAGUUUGAUACUGUUGAAGAUUUUUGGGCUUUAUACAACCAUAUCCAGCUCUCUAGUAAUUUAAUGCCUGGUUGUGACUACUCGCUCUUUAAGGAUGGGAUUGAACCCAUGUGGGAAGAUGAAAAAAACAAGCGAGGAGGACGAUGGCUAAUUACACUAAACAAACAGCAGAGACGAAGUGACCUUGAUCGCUUCUGGCUAGAGACACUGCUGUGCCUUAUUGGGGAGUCGUUUGAUGACUACAGUGAUGAUGUAUGUGGUGCUGUUGUUAAUGUUAGAACUAAGGGUGAUAAAAUAGCAAUAUGGACAACUGAAUGUGAAAACAGGGAUGCUGUUACGCAUAUAGGGAGAGUAUACAAGGAAAGAUUAGGACUUCCUCCAAAGAUAGUGAUUGGUUAUCAGUCCCAUGCAGACACAGCUACUAAGAGCGGCUCCACCACUAAAAAUAGGUUUGUUGUUUAAGAAGACACCUUCUGAGUAUUCUUUCAUAGGAGACUGCGUCAAGCAAUCGAGAUUUGGGAGCUGAACCAAAGCCUCUUCAAAAGCAGAGUGGACUACAUUUAAAUUUGAUUUCCAUCUAAGUGUUGCUAAGAUUUGUGAGAAGUCUCAUUCGCCUUUGUCUUGUACUUCUGUGUUCAUUUUUUUCUAUUUUGGCUGAAGUAACCAUUACCAAUCAGAAUUUUAGUACACUUCACCCCCCGAAUCCGUAAAUGUUUUCCUGGCCCACUCUGUAAUAGCUUGGUAGAAACAUUACUAUUACAAAAAAAAAUUGUUUAUCCACAGUAUUCUGAAAAGAAGUUGCAUUUCUGUACCUGCAGGAAAUUACUCUGUUUUACAUUUGCAUUGUAUGCAGUAACAUAUUGCUGGUUUGGAAAAGAGUAUGGUGCAUACAGUUUUCUAGCAAUUUUUUUAUACAGCAUCAUAUUUGCUGUAACCUAUGCUGAUGGCUGCUAGAUUAAUUUAUUUGUUUUCCCUAUUUGAUAACAUUAGUGAUAUUUUGAUUUCAGUUGUUUUCACUCAUGUAACAUUUGGUGAAGAAUCUGGGAAUAUGACAAAGGUGGAAUAAACAUUAAUUUUGUGCAUUCUUUGGUAAUUUUUUGGUUUUUUGUAACAUCAAAGCUUUGCUACAAACUUAUGCAUUUCAGUCAAAUCAGUGAUCUGUUUGUGUGAUUUCCUAAACAUAAUUGUGGAUUUUUUAAUGUAACACCAUAAUUUACAUUCCUUACUAGAAAUAGUAUGUCUGUUUUUGUAUCUUAUGCUGUAUUUUAACACUUUGUAUUACUUAGGUUAUUUUGCUUUGGUUAAAAUGGCUCAAGUAGAAAAGCGGUCCCAUUCAUAUUAAGACAGUGUACAAAACUGUAAAUAAAAUGUGUACAGUGAAUUGUCUUUUAGACAACUAGAUUUGUCCUUUUAUUUCUCCAUCUAUACAGCAAGUAUUUGUACCUCUUGUGACAAGGCAGUCUCUACUGUGGCUUCUAUUGUAGUGUCUUCCGAGAAAGAUAAAGUCUGGAGCUAUAGUCUGUUGAAACUUUUAAUAAAUCUAUUAGAUAGCACCCUAAAUCAAAGUGAGAUUAUAUUGAUGUGGCUACUGUUUUUUCUUAGUGGUUGGUCUAAUUGAUCAUGGUUUGCGUUGUUUCUCUUUUGACUUUGGUUUAUACCAACCAAGAAAUUCAAGGGUAUAUAGAAAGCCGUCUAGUUUUAGGUAGGAACUACACUAAAAGUGCUUAAGUGAGUAAUUCUACUUUAAGUUUAAUUCCUGUAUGAAGUACAAGUAAAGCGCACUAGCGACAUGGCUACAAAAUAAAAGUAUACGAGGAUCUAGAUAGUCUGCUAUUAUGUAUGUCUUAUAAUGAAAUGAAACUUUCAUUGGCUUGGAAGUUGCUGUGGGAGCUGUAAGUUUGCUUGACUUGCAGGAUUGGGGGAAAAAUUUGAAGGCCAUUGAGUUAACUUCUUGUUUUGAGCACCAUGUGAGAGGCUUUUUCUUUCUACUCUUUAACCGUAGAGCAUGCAGCAAAAUCAAUGCUUUAUUGCUGAUUUCUUAUUUUUUAGUGUGUGAUGCACUUUAAGAUCUUGCUAGGGCUAUAUGGCCUUUCUUCAGUUAAACUUAAAGGCAGAUGCUUAUUGAGGUUUUGAUCUUUGUGAUAACUCCUUAAAGCAAGUUUAGUCACUGUGGCAGUGAAGCUUCAGUUGAAUCAGGCUUUUAAAUCUGCCUGAUUAAGGCACUGAAGUGUUUCUAUGUGCUAAGAUAGACUUGAACACUUUCUUGCGCAUUUUAUCAGAAAUUUGUCUUAAAUAGUGUAUCAGACUAUACCAAAAAAGUACUACAGUAACUUCUGGAUUGUUCUUAUGUCUGUUUAAUAGAAACACUUACAGUAGGCAUCUAUAUCUAAUGAUACUAUACCUUCAGUAUUGGUCAUUAACCAGGAUAGAUGCUGGAUGUGGAGAGAGCUAUUAGGCUGUUUGUAUGCUGGUUUCUGUGGAUUCUGGUGUAACUGGUUGCCUGCCCUGAUUCUGCAGGUGUGCAAACCAAGUUGGGUUUGGUUAAUAGGACCAUUCAUAGUAGAAUAUAGCAGUCCCUGCCUGUUUUCCAGCUUACUGCUUCAGCUAAUCAUCUUUGGAAUUGAAGUAAACUUUUUCGAACUAAAUUUCUCUAAACUCUCUGUUCUCUAUCAUCAGCCUCAAGCUGAGUAGUGUUUAUAAAGGCUUUGAUAUUUCUGAAUAAACCAGUAAUGCUUGUAUGCAUGGGAAGGUAAAGAUGAAUCGGUUUCCUGAGUGGUAACAUUAGAUUGUCUAGGUGGAUGUAAUUUAGGAGGACUGGGGGAAGGCUCACUAAAAUGGGUGUAAUUCAGAAACAUAGGUAGUGCUGCCCUUUUGUAAAGAGUGUUGAGAUUAACCUGAGUGCUGUUGUGAGAAGUACAUAGUAUUGGUUUUGUUUAAUUUCACUACAAGACUGACUAGAAUAUUGUUCAGGGUAGCAGCAUUUUGUUCAUCUAGAAAAGUGAUUGAUAUUUUUUUGGUAUGGUCUCAGGUUUUUGAGCGUGAGCGUAUUUAAGCAGCCAACUGACUUGCACUGUAAUAUGAAACCUUCAAGUGUGUUGAUUUGAGGCUCUUCACUGCUCAAAUAAGAAUUGCUAUGUUUCUAGAAGACUUGAGUGAAAAUUAAAUGGCAGACUUGUUUUAUCAAAUAUGGAACCUAUGCCUUUACGUCAUUGCUGGAAGAAGCAAGUGACCAUGAACCUCGUUUUCUCCAACUUGCAAAUAGCUUUGUGCUGCAUACUAAUGUUCUUCUGAUUAUAAUGGUGUCAUUUCUACUCUUAUAGUAUGGGUGAAAGCCGAGAGCUCUCCAUUCUGCGUAUUAAUGAAACAGCUACAGGCUCAUAAGAGGAAAAAAAAAGCAGUAAAUGUUUAAAUUUAAACAUCUAGUUUUGGUAUAAAAUAUUCAGUGUCAUUAAGCUUCCAGCUAAAUGGGUAGCCAUUGUCAAUGCAUAGUUUUAGUAAGCCUGAGAAGACUAAAGAAAAAAAGUUUGAAGCAUCUAUUCAGAAGUGGUUUUAUAUGAUAUAAAACCAGCAGAGCAAGGAAAGAAAGCAGAAACUUGCUGUGUUCAAAGAGGUGUAAGAAUGUACCAAAAUAUAGCCUGGGAAGAAGGGGUAACAGAUGAGGAAUAUUUGUGCAUUAACAGCUUCUGGGUGUACUGUAAGUCUUGGGCUGUGCAAUGCUUUUCACUGUCACUUUCUCUUUGUCCUGCUGCACUGUCACUGUCUUGUGUUUCAGGCUGUCUCUAGCUCAGGAAACUUAAUGUUACCCAAAUUCUGGGAACUUGGAAUAGUAGCUUUUAGCAAAGCUUGGACUGAGCUCAAAACUUCCAUCCUACCUAAUGGAAUCUUUCCCUACAGAAAUGCUUGGAAAAAAAUAUUAUGGACUUCAUGGGACCCUUACUAAAGCAAAAAAAAUUGCACUUCAACCUAGUGAAGUGACAUGGGUCUUCCCUUUGAUAUUUGUGACCUUCCUUGUUUCCAAGAAGCUUUACUUUUGAGUCUGGGCCUGAUGGUUUUAAAACUAGAUUUUAAGAACAUCCUGCACUGAAGUACUAAACCAAAUAGUUGAACUUAAUAGUUAAACUUAUAGAGCUUUCAGACUGCCUAGCACUUAACUUUUAGGUGACUUUGCCCUCUUAAGAGUCAAUGGUUUCUGGAAUUUUUUUUUUUUUUGUGAGUAGGUUUUAGUUAGGUGCUACAAUAAAGUUUUUAUGCAAAACUUGUGCCUUUUCAUAUUUGGCAAGACACAAACAAAUGAAAAUGACAUCACCAGUAAGGAAAUAGUUUAUACCUAUUUCACUUUGAGACAUUUCAUAUCUGUCUAUCCAAACUAGACUUGGAGAGCAGGAUUGCAGAGUGUAUUAGCAAGCAGUGUGGAACCAGUCCCAGUCCUGGCUAUCGAAUACACCUGCUGGACCUCUCCAUCAUCAUUUCAAAGCUCCAGAAGCUGUUAAAUCUUGAAGACUUCCCAUUUUGAUCUCUCUGCAGGACACUUGUCACUGUAGCUGCUUGAACAGACUUUCUGCCUUUUAGCUCUUAAAGUUUUGUAUUCCACCAGGAUUUGUUUUCAGGUGUCCAGCUCUGGCACUGCAGGAAAGCCUUUAUUAAGCAUGUAAAUUCCUUCCCUGGUGAUAAAAACCAUGGUCAUUUCUGCUCUGGCCUGGUGGCUGCCUGGCACUUUCCCAGAAGACUAUGGGAUGCCCUGCUAGCCUUCCUAUUUUGAAGCAAAGCAGGUUCUGAUGUCCAGAGCUAAAUGUGAAUUGUGGCUGAGCACGGGAUGAUUGUUACGCUUCCUAGCAUUAACUUGUUAUUUUGUGUGAUGCCUUAAAUGUAAAAACAUCCUAGCUGAAGUCAGUCUGUUGGUUAUCAGUUUGUGUGCUAACCGAACGUAACUCAGAUCUUUUUAUUCCCUGCUAGUACUGAGCCUGUGACAAGCUUAGCUGUGAAUUUGUGGGGUUUAUGACUGUCUGUACUUUUCCCAUCUACAUUUUUCUAAAUCCUGAUACUUUUCAAGCCUUAUUAAAACAUGUUUAAUAAAGGGAAAAAUUACUCUGAGUCUAGUCACUGCUUUUUUGGUCACUAUGAUACCAUGGAGAAUUCCAGGUGUUGCUAAACCCAGAUAAAGACUGUGUGAUGACUUUGGCAUAAUAAUCUGCUUAUGGGAUUUUUACUUUUUUAUCUCUUGCCAUGUAAGUAUGAUAAUAGUGAAAAUGAUACUUGAAAGUAUGUGUGUGAAUAUAUCAUAUAUAAAGCAAAAAUGACUCAUUUUUCUAUUUUUUUCAAAGUAGAAAACUGUUUUGUUAUUUCUAAAAGGCUGCUUUGGAUGACUUUCUGUAAUGAAUUAUUGCAUUUUGCUUUAUAAUAGGUAGUUUAGAUCAAUCCUUUUUCCUUAUGUUGUGCCUAUUAAUGUUAUCAAGGAAUUGGAGCCAACCUCAUAGGUAAGGUUUGGCAUUCUUUGAAGUAAAGCUAGUUUUUGAGCCUUAUCUUCCUCCGUGUACAGGGUAGUUAUCCUAGUGCAUCUCGCCCUGAGCCGUACAAAUACGCAGAAAGUAUAAUGGGAAAUUGGAAGGUACUAUAUUUCUGUAGCUUGAAUGAAAAUAAAGCUUCUGAGGAACUGAA